UUCAUUCAAGAACGAAUAAUGCAGUAUGCAAACUCCAAAAGAAUUAAGAGACUAAUUCUACAGAAGAGAGAUAAAGCUUAUUUAUUUCGAAAAAAUAUCAAAACAAUCAGAUCUAGCAAUAAAUUCAACUAUAAAAAAUUAGAAUUAUUCAAAAUCUUAUAA